UUCCCCUCGCGAUGGACGAGAGCUCGAUCCUACUGCGUGGCCAGCGCCUCAUGCUGGACAUGCUCGAAGACGUAGGCAGCCUCUUCACGCCCGCCCAAGACAAGCCGCCCGAAGACGACCGCUGGCACGACCUCGCGCGGCCGACGCUCGCGCGCAUCGUAGCGGAGCGCAUGACGCACGUCGUUGACGCCGACACGAACCCGCAGCAAGACGACCACGUCGAGGACGACCUCGUCGAGCACGCGGUGGUCCAGGAGGUGCUCACCUACCUCGUCGAGAAGCGCCUCAUGGGCGCCCACAUCGCGCUCACCCAAACGACGACCGACGCGCAGAUCCUCAAGCACCAGCUCACGACGAUGACGCAGGAUCGCGACCACAUGCGCGAGGAAGUCCCGCCGGGCACCGACAUUAAGCUUCUCGCGUCGUGGGCACUCGAAGAGCUGGACGCGUCGGCGCCAACCAGCACGACCUCGAAUCUGCAGCUCAAGGAGACCAUCCGCUUCCAAGAGAGCACAUCCAAGCGCUCCGUCAUGAACUGGACCAAAGAUCCGGCCGCAGACGCACUCCGCGACUCGAUCCGCGACCUCCGAACCGACGUCAACCAGCACCAGCGCGAGCAAAUCGACCUGCUCGAAGAUCACAUUGCGUCCUUGGAGGCGCGCCUCGUCGUAGCGACGCGCGAAGCCUCGGAGCUACGUGAACUCAACGCGGCGCUGGACGACAACAACCCGAAUCCGUCGGGCUUUGUGAGCGUCCUCUCGUCGCUGCAGUCGCAGAUCGCGACGCUUGAAGCGGCGCUGCGCGAGACUGACAUCGACCACGUCGCGCAGCUCGACCGCGAGAACGCGGCGCUCCGGCGGCAGCUCGAGUCGUCUGUGGCGCACAGCCCCGACUGCCACGCGAAUUUUGAAGGCGGCUUUUGCAGCGACCUCAUCAACACGCUCAAGGCGGAGAUCCUAUCGGCGCGCGAAGAGCACCGCACCGAGACGAUCGCGCUGCUCGACCAUGUCCAUGAGCUGGAGGCCAUGAACGCGCAGCUGACUGCGACCGGCGACGUCGAGGCGGCCGCGCGCCACCUCCACGAGGACAACAUCCGGCUCCUCGAGCAAGAGCACGGCUUCCGCGCGCAAAUCGAGGCGCUGCAGGCCGACGUCGGCAGCAUGGACGGCCAGAUUGCGCACUUGCGCACCGAGCGGCAGCUGCAAGAGACCGAGAUCACCUCGCUCAUGGGCACGCUGACGCCACUCAUGGCGGCCCACGAAGAACUUGUGGCGGCGAAAGCGGCGCUGGAAGACAAGGUGGCAGCAAUGGAAGCCGCGAGCUGCGACCAGUGCGCGGCGCUCGAGGCCAAGAUCGCGGAUAUGCAUGCGCAGAUUGACGCGCUCCACGCCGACGUGCAAGCGGCGCUCGAGGCCAGCGCGCCGGUGGUGACGCGGCACGAGUCGACGAUUGCCGACUUGACGGCAGCGAUCGCGCGCCUCGAAGACAAGCUGGCGCACAACGCAGGCGAGUACGAGCGCAGUAUUGGCGAGCGCGACACGUCGAUCGACGAGCUCCAGGCCAAGCUCCACGCGCUCAAGCGCGAGAUCAACAUUAUGAGCCAGGACCUCGACAUGGUCUCGGAGGAGAAGCAGCAGGUCGCGGACCAGCUCGAGACGGUCGAAGGCCAUUUGGACGAAGUGAACGCUGCGUACGAAGCACUCGAGGCGCGGUUCGCGGCGCUCAUGGCCGAAAAGAUGGCGUGGACCGUCGAGCGCGAUGCGUUGGUCGAGGCCGAGGCCGAGGCGAGCCGCCGCUCCACGCUCGAGCAAGAAAGUGCGCAGGCCGCGCACGAGAUGGCCGCGGCGACGUGGGCGGAUGAGCGCGCGACGCUGGAAAGUGCACUGGCCGACAAGGCCGACGCCCUUUCGGCUCUCGAAAACAAUUUUGCGACGGUCCAGAGCGCGCUUACCGAGAAGACCACCGAGCUGAGUGCCAAGGACACCGCGCUCACGGCCAAGGUCGACGAGUUUGAGAAGCUGCAGAUGCUCCUCGGCAAGUUCAAGGAGAAGCUGGCGGCGUUGCUGGCCUCCGAGAAGGCGCUGCAGGCGGACGUCGAGGCGCUCACCACUGAGAAGGCUGCUGCGACGACCACCAUUGAGGCGCUUGAGGCGCAGCUGGCGGCGUCGGACGCCGCGCUGCAGACAGCAAACGACGACCUCGCGACAACGCAUGCCGCCAAGGCCGACCUCGACGCGCAAAUUGCCUCGUUGGAAGACCAGCUGUCUGCCGAGACGGCCAAGCUGGAAGCUGCCAACAGCCAGGUUGAUGCGCUCACGGCUGCGUCCGAAGAGGCGCUGAGCCAGCUCGAGCGCCUCCGGGAGAUCCACGAGAACCACGUGGCGACGACGACUGCCGAGGCUGCGGCGCUCCACGCCACCAUCGCUGAGCUCGAAGCUUCGCGCGCAACGUUGGAAGGUGAUGUGGCCUCGGCCAACGCGGCCUACGACGCGACCACGGCCGAGCUGGCUGCUGCCACGAGCUCGCUGGUGGAGCUCGAAGCGGACAAGGCGUCGCUCGAGACCCGCUUGGCGGAGACUUUGGCGGCCUUGGAGACGGCGACUGCGUCCGAGGCGGCGCUCCAAGAUACGGUCGUGACGCAGGAGGCGGCGUCGGCGACGCUGCAAUUGACGCUGGCGCACGCACACGGUCGCAUUGGUGAGCUGGAAGCUGCCGAGGCCGCGCUGCGUGACGAAAUGGCGGCGCUGGAGAUCGCCAAGGACGCCGAGAUCGCAUCGCUCUCGUCGGACCUCUCGGCCAUGACGACGUCCAACGAAGCGCUCACGACCGAGUUGUCGAGCGUUGUUGCCGAGCACGCAGCGGCGUGUGACACGUGGGCUGCCGAGUCGGCGGCGAUUGCCGACAAGAUGGCGGCCAUGGAAGCCGAGCACUCGUCGACGCUGGACGAGACGCACGGCCGCCACGCUGCGGCAGUCGCAGACCUCGAGGCCGCCCUCCACGGCCAAAUGACGUCGCUCCACUCGACGCGGUCGGAGCUCAGCGCGCAGAUGCAGGCUCUGACCGAAGAGCAGGCGUCGUACAAGGAGCUGCAUGCGGCCCAAGUCAGCGCACUCGAGACCAAGAUUGCGACGCUCCAUGCCAACUUGGCGGCGGCGGCCAACGAGAACGCGUUGCUGCAUAACGAGCUCGCCGCCAAGAACGACGAGCUCUCGACGGCGACGGCCAAGCUUACGUCGCUCGACGCGCUCCUCCCGCGCUUCAAGGACAAGGUCAAGACGCUCACGGCGGCGCAGAAGAGCCUCGGAGACGAUCUGGCGGCGGCCGCAAGCGAGAAGGCGACGUUGACGGCGACGCACAACGACGCGAUGGCGGCGCUCGAGGCGAGCUUGGCGUCGCUCAACGAAACGCUGGCGGCGGCGACCGAAGAAAAGACGGUGCUGGACGCGCUCGUGGCCGACAAGUCGCACGAAGUCGCGACGCUUCAGGACCUCGUUGAGUCGUUCAAGGGCUCGGUGGACUCGCUCUCGUCGUCGCAGGCGUCGCUCGAGUCGGACCUUGCCGUCGAGCGCCAAGAACUGGCCUCACUCACGUCGACGCACGCGGAGGCCGUCGCGCUGCUUCAAAGCGCCGAAGCCACCGUGGCCACGACGACGGUCGAGCUCGCUGCCGAACGUGACGCCAAGGCUGCGCUGGCAUCCAAGCUUGCCGCUGAGCUCGAAGCCAAGGCUGCAUUGGAAGCUGAGCUCGCUGCCGAAGGGGCUGCCAAGGCUGCGCUCGCAGCUAGCCUCGCCACCGAGCUCGAGGCCAAGACGGUCCUCGAAGCCGAGCUCGCUACGGAGCUCGAGGCCAAGACGGUCCUCGAAGUCGAGCUCGCUACGGAGCUUGAGGCCAAGGCUGCGCUGGAAGCUGAGCUCGUUGCGGAGGUCGAAGCCAAGGCUGCACUGGAAGCAAAGCUUGCCACCGAGCUCGAGGUCAAGGCUGCGCUGGAAGCCGAGCUUGCUGCUGAAGCGGCUGCCAAGGCGGCUGUCGAGGCGGACCUCGCUACGGAGACGAGUGCCAAGGCGGCGGUGGCGGCCGACCUCGCCGCGCAAGUCGAAGCGACGGCUGCUGUCCACGCCGACUUGUUGAGCGAACGCGACGCCAAGGCGGCAUUGACACUUGAACUGGAGACGACGUCGACAGCGUUGGCGAAGACCGAGGACAACCUCGCGUCGCUCAAGUCGCUCCUCGAUCAGUUCAAGGAAAAGGUCAAGACGCUCGCGCUCGCCAAGAAGGCGCUCAAGGCCGAGCUCGCGACGGAACAAUCCACGGUCGCGGCCAAGACGAACGAGCUCGCGGCCGUCUCGUCGCUUCUCGACCAGUUCAAAGAGAAGGUCAAGAGUCUCGCGCUGGCGCAGAAGGCGCUCAAGCAAGACAUGGCAACGCUCGGUGACGAGAAGACGGCCCUCGAGGCGGCGGUCGCGGCCAAGGAAUCCGAGCUCGCGGCGGCGCAACUCGCAUUGACGCCGUGA